AUAAGAGCAACAAUGAAAUCGACCAAAGAAGAACGACGUUAGUUGUACAUCGAUUGUUGUUGAAUGCGUUAUCUUAUGUGUUAAAAACGAUAUUUAAAGUGUUAAUAAAUGGAUUUAAAAGAAAUAAUUUUAAACGAGUUUAAAUUAGGAGAAGAUGCUCUAAAUAGAAUAAUUGCCUUCGGAUUGGAAGCUGAUGAUUUACAAUUUUUAACAGAAGAUGACAUAAGGGAACUUUUUCCAUUAAACAUGCUUCGUUCUAGAGUACGUUUUCGUGCGAAAAUAAAUGAUUGGAAGGAAAAAUUAUCUUCAGAUACUUCGUUUGAUGCUGAAAAUUUAACUGAAUCUAGUCAAAACUCACAACCAUCGCUAAAGUCUUUACUGCAAAUUAUGCAAGAAUCAUCGAAUGGCAGAAGGAUUCUCCAAUACUAUGAAGAAAAUUCAAAUCUUAGCAAUAAAGAAAGAGAAGGAAUAAUUGAAAUUAUUUUAGAUGAGUACUGCAUUUACCAGAAACGUAAACUUAAACCAGAAGAUAUGAAAACAUUAGCAGACGAAAUAAUUCAAUUGUUUUCAUGUGAAAAGAAAAACUAUGACUAUUACUACAUUCCUCGUCAACGAAAAAAAAGUCCAAGCGGGAAGUUGUUUUCAAAAUAUUUUAACAUUCGAACAAAACUACGUAAAUUAAGUGAAAGUCAUAAAGCAGCUUUUGAAAAUGAUGAAUCUAUGGAAAUGGAUCAGGUUGUGGUUAAAACUGAAGCUGUCGAAUAUAUGGAUAUAAGUGUCAACCUUUCUUUAAAAAAUGAUUUAUCAAAAGACACCAUUUCCUGGGAUGAAGUACUAGAUAAAUGGCGGCAAACUUUUACUUUACGACAAAGUGAUCUUACAACAUUUACAUAUGUUGAAUUUUUAUCUCAAUGGCCUAAGCUGAAAGAUAAAAGGGCUCCGGAAUUGAUCAACAUCGAUUUUGGAUUUUUAUUUCCAAAAAAACAAAAUUUAUUAAAGACUAAAUGGAGUGAUUUCAAGAAUAGAGUGCGCUUGUAUUAUGAAACAAACAUUCGUAAUAGCAAAUCUAGGGAUCUCUUCGUUUUGUCCAAAAUUACAAAAAAAUUAAAUUGCGAAGACUAUAUCUUAACUUUACUACUAAACUCAGUUCUUUUACCAACUGCAGUUUUUAAGAAUGGUGAAGGGAAUAAAUCAAAAAAGGUAUCAAUUGAGGAUGCAAAUGAAGGCUUAGUAAUGGAAUUACCUUCAAUCAAUGAUUGCCAUAAAAAAAUUGAAGAACUAAACAGCAAAUAUUAUGAAACAAAUUCAGGAAUUCAACCAUACUUAAUAGUGGAAGGAAAUCCUUCAGAAGGCUUGAAAUCUUUUUACAUUUACUUAAGUGGAACUAUAUACAAAUUUAAUUCCUUCUUGGAUAGUUUGGAUAUUUGUUUUAAAUUGUACCAUGUUCUGAAUUUGAAAUACCCUAAAGUAUGUGAGAUCCCUUGGACACUGAUUCAGAAAUACUUAUUUGAAAUUGACACUGUUAAUGAUUUGAAAAAUGCAAAUUUGAGUGUAAUGUUAACAUAUUUGCAAAGUGAAAAUUAAGUCAUCAAAAAUAAUUGUUUGAAAUGAACACAGGUAAUAGUUAAAAGUAAAUGCAAAACAAAUUAUCAAUCUCUAGUGCUUGAGUUCAUGUAUACAAAUUUUCAAUUUGCAAAAUUAAUCAAGUGUA